ACCCGCGCGGGGAGCUGCGUCACCUCCAUUGGCCGACACGGUCACAUGGUCCGCUAACUUUAUUCAGUUGACACCAAAGUAGGAGGGCUUUAUGGAGGGAGGAAGAAAAAAAAGACAACUCGGGAAAAAUUAGUAUUUUCUACCUUCACAAAUUAAUGGCCAUGAGUUCGUAUAUGGUCAACUCCAAGUAUGUGGACCCCAAAUUUCCUCCCUGCGAGGAAUAUUCCCAGAAUAACUACAUACCUGAGCAGGGCUCGGACUACUUUAGCCCAUCGCAGGGCACUGACCUGCAGCACCCGGGGAUCUACCCACGCUCCAACUACACGGAGCAAGCGUUCGGCUGCAACGCCGUGCCAGAGCCCGCGGUCCUCGCCAGAUCCGGUCAGCCCAGCCCCUUUGCAGCGGCGACCCAGCCGGGGGAGUCGGUCCUGGCGGCCGGAGCCCGGACGUGUGGACCGCAGAACACGACAAAGAGUCCAAGUGGGACCCCAGUCAAGCAACCCGCGGUCGUUUACCCCUGGAUGAAGAAAGUGCACGUCACCACGGUGAACCCGGAUUACACCGGACCCGAGCCCAAGCGCUCCAGAACAGCGUACACCCGCCAGCAGGUCCUGGAGCUGGAGAAGGAGUUCCACUUUAAUCGCUACCUGACUCGAAGACGCAGAAUCGAGAUCGCCCACACGCUUUGUCUCUCCGAGAGGCAGAUUAAAAUCUGGUUCCAGAACAGGAGGAUGAAGUGGAAAAAGGACCACAAACUGCCGAACACUAAAGGAAGGUCGGUGGUUGCGACCUCCGGUCACCUGCAAAGCCUCCACAAAGACAACCAGACUGACAUCACGUCCUUAUAAACACCAACAGAGAAGCUAACUCUUUUUUUUUUGUGCAUUUUUUGCAUGGACUGAAGUCGUUUUUAGACAUUUUUUUUAAUUUAAUUAAAUAAUAAAAUCAGUAUUGACCUGAGGCUGGAAAUAGAGCAUCAAAAUAAGUAUUUCAACAGAGCAUCUUUUAUGGUUCACUUGCUGCAAAAAUGCACCAUAAAAAUAUACAACCAAACUUUUUUUUUUUUUUGCCUGGAGGACAUAUUUUGUGGAUUUAAUUUCUGACUAUUGAUUUAAGAACAUUCGUUGAAAUGAAAUGACACACAAUUUACUUGAAGGAUGUGCAACCAAAAGCACGCAAACUGCUCUUUUUUUGUCCCCCCAAAAAAUCGCUCGUCUUCUGUAUGUUUUAACUUAUUUUGUUUAUAUUUUUGCCUAAAACAUUCCUUCUCGAUCGCCAUUAUAAAUCUCGCAUUGGCGUUUUUAUUUUGUAAACGUGCAUUAUUAUUUUUUUAUAUUCUUUCUGCAUGCCAUCGAAUUGUUUAAAAUAUUUAGAGAAAAAUAGUGUUAUGUUUAUUUAUUUGUGUACAUUUUCGUAUCGCACACACACAUUAUUAAAUGAAUGAUAUGCGGUCAUAAUUACUCUUUUAAAAAAAUACGUUUGUGCAUGGCUUUAUGUAAAGUUUCGUCUUAGUUUUGAUGUGAGAAUGUAUUUUUAUUUCCUUUUUUAUACACAAAGGGUUUAAAAAGUCAUGUUAGGCUUACAAAAAAAAAAAGACUGCCUUUUUUUGUUUGUUGUUUUUCGUUUUUUUUUUUUUUUUUUAAACCCGUCUUUGUCUCAACACAAGAAAAGGCCCAGAAGCUCUCCCAGGCUCUUGGAGGUCUUGUUGAGGAGGUAUUUGAGGCGAAGGUCGGUGGCAGGUUCAUCCAGGGGACACGUUGGAGCCGCGAGGGAUGACCCCGACACCCCUGACCCGGCCGGACAAGCAGCAUUUUCUCCUUUUUUUUUCUUACAAAAAAAAAAGAAAAAAAGAAACUCUGUGAAGCAUUCAAAGCAAGUCAGUGCGUGACUUGUAACGCAGAGAUUUUUUUUACUAUCCCAAAAACUGCACAGUAUAUUUCCAAUAUCGGUGUCAUGUCAAUAUGCAAUGUCUUCUCCUGGUCUUAUUUUUG